AGAAGACGGACAAUUGAAAUUGGAAGUAGAUCGAUUCGUGAGCAAAGAGGUACGUUCUCUCUGCCAGCAGAAUAUAAUCCAAAUAAUACCAAGUGGACUCUGAAGUACCGAGAAAAAGCCAGGACUCGUCGAGCUCAUGCCUCAAACUGGUAUUUACGUCAAAAGGAAAGAGCUACAACGUUGUAUACGAGAAUCAAACGACGGCCAGGACUAGAUGAAAACGCGAGAAUGGUCCUGCUAUCAUUCGUUGAAGAGCAUGGGAAGAAACGUAGUUGGAGCACGUCUAACACAUCAGCUGUUAUGAGUACUAUUCGGACCAAGAUUAAGGACAUAAGAGACAAGCAUGAGCGGACAUGCAAAGCU